AUGGAGAAUUGUAUGGAAGUGACAAAGUUCAUUCUUCUAGGACUAACCAAUGUCCCAGAACUACAGAUCCCCCUCUUUAUCUUGUUCACCUUCAUCUACCUCCUCACUCUGUGUGGGAACCUGGGGAUGAUGUUGCUGACCCUGAUGGACUCUUGUCUCCACACCCCCAUGUACUUUUUCCUCAGUAACCUGUCUCUGGUGGACUUUGGAUACUCCUCAGCUGUCACUCCCAAGGUCAUGGCUGGGUUCCUUAGAGGAGACAAGGUCAUCUCCUACAAUGCAUGUGCUGUUCAGAUGUUCUUCUUUGUAGCCUUGGCCACGGUGGAAAAUUACUUGUUGGCGUCAAUGGCCUACGACCGCUAUGCAGCAGUGUGCAAACCCCUACACUACACCGCCACCAUGACGGCCAGUGUAGGUGCUCGUCUGGCCCUAGCCUCAUAUGUCUGUGGCUUCCUAAAUGCCUCAUUCCACGUUGGGAGUAUAUUCAGUCUCUCUUUCUGUAAAUCCAAUCUGAUACAUCACUUUUUCUGUGAUGUUCCAGCAGUCAUGGCUCUGUCUUGCUCUGAUAAACACACUAGUGAGGUGAUUCUGGUUUUUAUGUCAAGCUUUAAUAUCUUUUUUGCUCUUCUAGUUAUCUUUAUCUCCUACUUGUUCAUAUUCAUCACCAUCUUGAAGAUGCAUUCAGCUAAGGGACACCAAAAAGCAUUGUCCACCUGUGCCUCUCACUUCACUGCAGUCUCCAUCUUCUAUGGGACAGUCAUCUUCAUCUACUUGCAGCCCAGCUCCAGCCACUCCAUGGACACAGACAAAAUGGCAUCUGUGUUCUAUGCUAUGAUCAUCCCCAUGCUGAACCCUGUGGUCUACAGCCUGAGGAACAGAGAAGUCAAGAAUGCAUUCAAGAAAGUGUUGAGAAGGCAAAAAUUUCUAUAA